GAGCGGCGCAGUGUCAACUGCUCUGGCUCAGUGCAGGAACCGGCGCGUUUGUGCAUCCUGCGUGGUCGCACUGCCUCGUGUGGUGUGGCUGUGUGGGGCUAUGCGCGGCGUGUUAGGCCUGCAUGUUGUGCCUGGGGCGGAUGGCACCACAUGUCCGGGGCCGCACGCGCGCUACAAUGGCGGUGUCAACGAGUCAGACCUUCUGGCCUGAAAAGGUUGGGCAAACUGGUCAAUCACCGUCAUGACAGGGAUCGGGGCUUGGAAUUGUUCCCCGUGAACCUGCGGAAGGAUCAUUACACGUUCCAAUACACACAAGCUGGCACACAUUCUUCUAUGUGUCCUGCUUCUACUGCUGCUGCUUCUGCUGCUGUCGGUGUGGCCACAGCCAUGGCUAUUACCGAUGGUGAUAGCGAUGCGUGUGGUACGGAGCUGGUGGUUGUGAGUGUCAGUCGCUAUGCGCUAGCGCUCCUGCCUUCCACUUAUGCGGUAAACGGGUGGCGUCAAGCUGCGAGCCCGGAGGAUUCAGCUGACUGGGAUGUAGUGUACGCGCGCCUGGUGCGUCGAGAGGCCGGAGUAAGAUGUUUGGCGGUCCACUCCUCUCUCGGGAGUGGGGCGCGAUCGAUGUGCGCUUGCUCAGUGCAUUUUCUCCGUGGUGAACACCACGACCGGUGGGACUGCCAGUCUGCUGCGAGCAAGUCGUGUCCUCCUGAUUACCUUGUGUGUUGGGUGGGCGCGAUCGCAGGCGGAAUGGGUGAACGGCGCAGUGGUACCUCGGUGCUGCCGCGUGUUAUCGUGCACUCUCCGUUGGCACCGGAGUUCUCCACCUCAUUCAAUAUGGUACUCGGCACGCACGUCAUAGGUGCUGUUGAAUCGGGAUGCGCCGCUGUCUGCCUAGUGUUGGGCCUGACUGUCGUGUUGCCUGCGCAAAGUGGGUCCGGCGGUGGCUUCGAUGCUGGGCAGCUCUGCAGUGUGUUGCGUGUCUCGGGUGUCUGUAGUGCCGGGGGUGAAAUAGUCAGUGGUGCUGUGGUAGACGAGCUACCCGACCCGUCUUGA